AUGGCGGGACGGGUGAACGGGUAUGGCUUCGUCGCAUUCAGGGGGAGCCAGGCGGCCACGCUUCGUCAAUUCAGCAGGCCGGGUCAUCUUUUAAAUGCACUGUCACCUACAUAUAGGCACCGCUCAGCCACAGUCGCGCGGAGUCGGUACAAGACGACUUGGACGCAUCUUGACGAAUACAGACUCCACGACCGGCCCUACGAAGAACUAAGCCUACACGACAACAAACGGCUCCGCAAACGAGUCGUCCGAACCUUCUUUGGCAUCUGUCUCGCCGUCUAUUCAUUCGGGGUGUACUCCUUAAGUUUUCCUAUGAUUGACAGCAAUCGCGUAGGAAAGGAGGAAGGAGGCGAAGAAGGGGAGGGAGAAUGGUGGGACCGCCUGUACGAGCGCAUGCGAUAUGUGAGAGUGUUGAAGCGCCAUUUCGCAUUCUGUAUCGACAACCUGCUGGCUGGGCGCCUUCACGUACUUCUCACGUCGGCGGUGACUCACUCGAGCUUCGAGAAUCUGGCCAGUGGCAUGAUCGGGUUCAUGGUCACCGCGCGAUACGCAAUCAACGCUGGCUAUCGUGCGCCGACCAUCAUGGCCAUAUCCGUGGGGUCCGAGAUCGCGGGUAAUGCUGGCUAUGCCUUGCGAAGUUACAGUAAUGAGCGAAUGGAUCGAGGCACAGUUGGCUCUAGUGGUCUGAUUGCGGGCAUGGCCACGGCGGCCAUGUGUACCAAUCCCCGCGCGAGGGUCUUGAAGAUCAUCCCGGUCUGGCUGCCCGUCGGCCUUAUCCUCAUAGGAGACUUUGUGGGACUUGCGGGGGAAAGAACAGACCCGACAAACCCCAAAGGGCGGGUUUCCCACUCUGCCCACGUCGGAGGAGCAGUCUUUGGUGCUGCCUAUUAUUUCGCUAUGCGUCGAGGACCCAACCGGGCUAUAGACUGGGCCACAACCUUCGUAUCAAAAGUUCUCCGGGCUGGCAGAGGGAAAAGGGGAAGCCCCAGUGUCGGAAAACAGAGCCAGCAAGUGCACAAACCUAAUAUUCAGCCCCUUUCCUCGAACAAGCCGAGCAAAGCCAAGCAAUGGAGUAGCGUCGCGCCCGUCGCAGGGAACGUCCAAAGAAGGAUAUGA